UCGUGGCCUUCACUCUCCUCGUAAACAACUCGUUCAUCCGAGACAGAAUAGAGAAGACCUCCGGGGGCUGCUUCUAUGCUUUCGAGCCCAACGGCACCAUGUCAUGCCGCCCGCGUGACCUGCCCCUGUACGCGCCACUGCUUGUUUUCAACCAACGCAAGGACUACAAUCCCCGGGUGAAACCCGCCGAUGGCUGCUGCUACGACAUGAUGACAGACUUAUCAAUGAGUGUCGUGAUCCAACGGGCCAUCGACUCAGCCACCUUCGUCAUUUCUCCUCCCUUCGUCCGCGACAACUACCCCUACCAUUUCAUCGGCCAGGUCUUCCCAGUCUACUUCAACCUCACCACCUUCGCCCUGCCCCCCUCGCCCUCCUCUCCGUCCGUCACCAUCCCUCCGCUUGCCACACCUGAGGACCUCCCAAGGGGGUUUGUGAUCGCGGGGUAUAACUUUGCAAACCUCCGAUCGCUGGCGGGGUUUAAGCAGCUGGAGGAGUUGAAUACGAGGGUUUAUCUGGUGGAUG